AUGUUUCCCGCUGUAGCCAACUUGGUGAGGAAGUUCCAGGCCGCUGCUGCUGUCUUCAUGCCCUCGGCCGCUGGAGCCCAUGACCAUACGCAUGAAAACCUCAUACAAUUCUCAGCCUACGAACCAGACGUGCGUGUCAACUGUCAACCAUCACGUGACAGCAGCUUGGACAUCAAGAUGAAUGCUGCUGUAGUGUUGUGUUUCGCCGCCUCUUUGGCUGUUGCUGCUGCCCUGCCUCCCCCAGGCGGCUUCGGCGGAGCCAUGCCUCCAGCAGCGGCAGGAGCCUUCGCCCCCUCCCCGGCCAUGAUCCAGUCCUUCAUCCCGACGCCCGAGGAGAUCAACGCCCUCAACGCCCUCCACACCACGCCCGCCCCCGGAGCCGCCCCCGCCCCUGCAGUCGUCCCGGGAGCUCCUACGGCGCCACCAGUCUGCGAAGGAUCGGGAGACAUCAAGAUGAAUGCUGCUGUAGUGUUGUGUUUCGCCGCCUCUUUGGCUGUUGCUGCUGCCCUGCCUCCCCCAGGCGGCUUCGGCGGAGCCAUGCCUCCAGCAGCGGCAGGAGCCUUCGCCCCCUCCCCGGCCAUGAUCCAGUCCUUCAUCCCGACGCCCGAGGAGAUCAACGCCCUCAACGCCCUCCACACCACGCCCGCCCCCGGAGCCGCCCCCGCCCCUGCAGUCGUCCCGGGAGCUCCUACGGCGCCACCCACCAUGCCUCCCGCUGUAGCCAACUUGGUGAAGAAGUACCAGGCCGCCGCCGCUGCCUUCAUGCCUCCUGCCGCUGGAGCCGUCUGAGGACCCGGUUCCGAAUUGGGAACACUGGCUCGAGGAAUGGGAAUGUGCUGGGCACUCUCAUUACGCUGAAUAAAAGUAUUACGUAUGCUAGUCAUAUCAAUGAAGUUAUUUGAAUUAA